AUGAGAGUUAUGUCAACUUUAGAAGUACAAGGUCAUAGGGAGAAAGCACUGAACCAUGGAACAGAUGAAUGCUUGAUCAACACAAUUGAGGCCUGCACCAUCACCAUCUAUCCUAAUGUGAAUCGGCAUUUUACAUUCAUCCACUGCGUUGAGAGGCUCACGUUGCAGAACAAACACAGUAAAUGGGCCGAUUGCUUUGAAAUGUCGAAGUUGGGGACUGUACCUAUCGAUUGCUACAACAGUGGAUAUGGCAAUCAGAUUGAAACAAAAUAUGCAAAGGAAACUGCUCAGCUUAAUCCACCACAUAGAUUUGUGCCGUGGCUGGUUGUCAAUAAUAAACCACUUGCAGAGGACUACGGAAAUUUUAUGGCCUAUAUCUGUAAGGCAUACAAAGGAAAAUCGCCAGAAGCUUGCAGAUCCAUUCGCUACAAGACUGAAUCAAUUGGAAAUGAAAAAUCGAUUCCUCAAGUUUGCCUAGCAGAACAACGAAGAAACUCUACAUCUUAAGCCCAAGGACCAGACGAUGUGGCAAGAAGUUUUUAUUGACAUUCCAUAUGAUAAUUGAACCUAAUGUUCAUUUAUAGGAC